AAAUGAAAUGUAAAACAGAGACUCACUCAGCUAGUGGAAGUACGAAGGAGAGUCUUUAACACUGACAGUUACACAUACACACAAACAUAUAUAUAAACAUACACACAUAUAUACAGUAACAUCCCUUCAGUACCAAAAUUCCUCGCCCGUAUUUUUCCUCGCGAGAGUUCGAAAAACAAAAACAAAUCUCACAGGCCUUUUUUAGCAAAGUUUCAAACACCGAAGUCAAGCCAAAUUUUGUCAUGGCUUUGCUGCUGCCCAUGUUCGAAGUUCAUAUUUGUUGUUUUUUUUCGAAGUAGUUAGGAGCAGUGACCGAAAAUGAAAGUGAGAGAUGAGAGAGGACAAAAUGAGAGUAGAGAAAAAAACGCUAUCUAUAGACUUCUGAAUACCGUUCUAAUUAUUGGUGGGAUAUUUUUAUAUUUUAAAGUGUAUAUUUAAUUUAUAUUUGUUGAUUUAAGGAUUUUAAAUUUUGUAAGAAAUUAAACCGUCGCUAUAGGCAACGCCAAUGCGUCCGUUUUUAAUUAUUUAUCUAUUUGUAAUUAGAAUUACUCUAAUUACACGGGAUCAUUAUGGUCGGAAAUACCCUGUCAGCCUGUCAGAAUUUUCGGUUUCGUUUUCCGUCACCCCUUUUUUGCAUUUUUAUUCAAUUGUAGAACAUAUCAAGUGGUGUUUGGAACAUUUUCAACGGUAAAUAUAAAAAACCGAUAGCAUAACCACAUUAGAAGGCCAGCCCAGCAGCCACCGGAGAAGGCCUUGCCCCACUGACGGCACUUGCAUGUUAAAAAGAACGCAAACAAAAAUAGGAAAAUAUUAAUGGAAUACUAAUAAAAAUAAUAAUUGAAUUUACCAAUUAAAUACAUUUUUUACGUUUUUUGGGAGAUUUUUCUGUAUUUACAGGUAUUUUCCGAAGGAAUUCCGAAAAAGUUCCUUGGGAAUUCCUGAGGAAUUCCUCGGGAAAACCCCUUGCUUAUUUUUCGAUAUUCCCGAGGAAUACCUGAGGAAUUCCAGAGGAUUUCCUCGGGAACUUCGAAUUCCUCGCCACGAACGCCUGGAAAUUCCUGUCAGAUUUGUAUGGAGACUUACCCUAGGAUUCCUCUAGGAGUCCUGGGAACUCCCUAGGGAUUCGUUGGGGAAUCCUUAAGGACUGGUACUGAAGGGUAUCCACUCUACACCCACAACUCCCCAACCACACACUUUAUUGUAAAUACUCACACACACACAUAAAUUCGAUUAAGCGUAGCUGUUAUUUACGCACAGCAUCAUAUUCCAAAGUCCAGACUCUGUGGCGAGCUAACGUCCCCUAAACAUUCGAUCACUUGGCGAGCUAACUGAAAAAACUUCCGCCAAAGCAAUCGUCUCAGGAUUCUCCAAUCACUCCUAUUUUUCGGGAGCCUCGCUCUUCACGAGAGAAUAGACAUAUAUAAUUUAAUUCUCUUAAACUUCGCUCUUAAGCUAUCCCAAUCACAUAAUAUAAGCACAAACAUUUCUCCAUUUUAGUUAGUUCAGUACUGAGUACGCUAUCAAUUGCGAUAGCUUUGCUAAGCCCACUUCAACUUCGAAGUCAAUUGUCCAGCCUAGUGAUAAUCCAAAGGCUCUAGUUCUAGGUGAUGGCCAGCUCGGCGUCGCGGCCCCAUUCACUUACCCGCGGAAAAGUGUUCUCCAGAUGUCCCAUGGACUGCCAGACGAACACGAUCUCCAGGGCCAUGGCACAGGUCAGGGUGAGAAAAUUCGAAGCUUUCUCUUCCGGUUUUUCUCUUUCGUCCGCUUUUCCUUGUGUGCAGCAAGAGAUGCACUGUCACACCAGCUGAUCUCACACUCAGCUGCUCAGCCAGUGUUGGCAAACGGAUCAGGCUACUGGUCUGGCAGCGCUGCACAGCCGAAGGCGCCCCCAACCACAAUUGGCGCUUCUAGGGAAAUGCUACUGGUCAGAAGCUACAUGACUAGCCAAACGAUCUCCUCUAUAAACGUACCACACUUUCUUGGGUUGCUGACGAGUAUCCUUGGCAGCAACGCAUGUAAUCCCUGCGAAAAUACCUCCAACAAGUUGGGGCUAGUAAAUAUAGGUGUCGAUAGGCAGGGGCACGGAUUCUGGAGGCCCCAAACCACGUUCUAAACCAACCUGGCGAGGUGGUGGCAAGCUUGAUUCGCCUCGACAGUGAUCGCAACAAGCAAACACUAUAGCGAAAUGGACAACGCGGAAGCUUUUCAAAGCAGCAAAAAGAUCUUGCGUUCGCCGAUCCUGCCAAGAUCACCUGGGCCACCACAGAUUGGAGGGUCAGUCCUGGCCGAGAUGGGAAAUGGACAGGACACGCCGAAGCGGGCAAGGACCUCGAGCAGCCCCUCCGGCUAGAGCCGCAGUACACCUCCAAAGAGGACGAAGGCGGAUGGGCAAAUCCGCUGCGCCGACAAGCUGUCGAAAAUCGGACUGGUCCUGGAUCAGCGUAUAAACCUGACCAACGUGAAGCAGGUGAGGCACAUAAACGUGCAGAUGAAGGCGAUGUUCGCCAGGAUGAAGGCCCUCUAAGAAGACGCCAGCCGGGAGCUGGACAUGGAGGACGAACAGCGCCACGCCCUCCCAGGGUGCCCCAAGUGUGGGGACAAACGAGUAAAAACCGAGAAAAAGUCGCAGCAGACCACCCCCAGGCGAAAAAGGGACAGUUUCGCGCAAACGGACCGAACGACAAAGGUAAAGAAGCCUGGGGAUAAGAGGGCGAGCCCCCCAAGACGGCAGGCGAAAGUAGUGGAGCAAAUCCCGGCCCAAGCCGUGGGAAGCCGGACACGUGGACGAAGGCGGAGACUAGGAAGAAGGCUCACCUAUCGACCCGACGCUGUUAUAGGAAAAAGGAAAAAACCUUCAGCGAGGUCUUGGCUUUGGUCACCAGGCGAAGCGACGGACAACUGCAGGAGUUGGGGAGGAACGUGCACAAGGUCCGGCCCACAGCUAGCGGUAACCUCCUGCUCGAGCUAAGCAGGGACGGAGAGAAGAGCGCAUCGCUGAGGAAGAGCGAUCUGGAGGCGGUACUGGAUGGAGUCGCAUCUGUGCGAGCACUGACGCAAGACUCGAGGUUGCAUUUCCUCUCGAUCUGCGAAUUGGACCCAUUAGUCGCUAAAGAGGACCUGUCAAAGGCGCUGGUGGACCAGUUCCAAGUUGAGGCAAGCUCGAUUAAGCUGAAAAGCCUCCGACCUUCCUUCAGGGACAUCCAAAUGGCAGUAGUGGGCCUGCCGUGCAGCGAGGCACAGGCGGUCCUUGCCAAAAGAAAGCUGAAGGUGGGAUGGACAGUCUGUAGAGUCAAGGAGAGCGACUCCAGACCCAGGUGCUUCAAGUGCCUUGAGCCCGGCCAUAUUGCAGCGCGUUGCAAGAGCCCUGCAAAUCGCAGCGACUGCUGUCUCAAGUGCGGGCAAACCGGGCACAAGAUCGCUAGCUGCACUCAAGAGGCCAAGUGCUUCCUAUGCACCAAUGCCAGGAGAGCCGACGCUAAGCAUAUUGCCGUCAGAAGGAGAUGUCCUAUGAGCACCAAGCCACCGAGGAAAUGAAGAUCGUCCAGAUUAACCUAAAUCACUGUGAAGCGGCGCACCACCUGUUGAGCAAAACCAUGCGCGAAGUCCGAACUGACGUAGCGCUAAUAAGCGACCCGUAUAAGAAAACACCCGGGCCAUACUACAUAUUGGACGGUACAAGAAGCGCCGCGAACCUGAUCAACGGGACAAGCAGACCAAGAAACCUGCGCAUUGGCUCAUUCUUUGUAAGGGGGCUGGUUGGUGACCUGUGCCUGUACAGCUGCUAUCUACCACCACGCCUUUCCCUUCAGGAAUUUUCGGCAGUUAUAGAUGAGCUGGCUAACGACGCAAGAGGCGAGCGAAACGCUGGGGACUUCAGCGCCUGGGCAGAGGAGUGGGGCUCAGUCCACACGAACGCAAGAGGCCGAACCCUUCAGGAAGCCUUCCCGUCUAUGGACGUAGCUCUCCUGAACACGGGGACGGAGCACACCUUCAGCCGAGCUGGAGCAGGGUCGGUAGUAGACCUGACCUUCUGCAAUGGCUCGCUUUUCCAGCGCGCACAAUGGUCCGUCAGCGAUGUAUAUACGGCAAGUGACCACAAGGCGAUUAUCUGCGACAUCACCAGCAGAGGAUCUUUCACAGACCCACCAGCGAAGAGGCACUUUAACGCAGCGGCAAGCGCAAUCAGCCUGACUAGAGCAGUCAAGAGGGCAGGCAUAGCAAGCAUGAGGGUGUCAAGGAGCCACCACCGCCACCGGGAACCAGUCUAUUGGUGGACCGACGAGAUCGCGGAGGCUCGCAGAACCUGCCUUCGGGCAAGACGGCGGCAGCAAAGGGAGCACGGCCACCCCAACAACGAAAUUCUGAGGCAAGAAUAUGCUGACAAUCGAAGGGCCUUAAAGAGACUCAUCAAGCAGUCGAAGAGGAGAUGCUUCUUGGAGCUAUGCGACUCAGCCGAGCAGGACCCUUGGGGUUAAGCUUAUAAAAUAGUGGUAAAAAAGAUAAGCCAGGCGAAACCACAAAACAGGCGACGCGGCCACGAUAACAGCGAUCGUGGAACACCUGUUUCCAAUAGUGCCCUUGGAUCCGCUACCUCCUCACGAGGUUCCAGGCGACUUGUCGCAGAUAGCGCUCCGACCGGAUGAAAUACGCGAGGUCGCAAAGGGAAAGGCGCCAGGGCCGGACGGAAUCCCAGAUAUCGCCGUCAAGCUUGGAAUGAACAAGCACCCGGAAGCAUUCGCUGCCGUCUUCAACCAGUGCCUCACGAAAGGCUUCCUUCCAGAGCGCUGGAAGGGACAGAAGUUGGUACUGCUCCCCAAGCCUAACAAGCCUCCCGAGGACCCAUCCUCAUACAGACCGAUAUGCCACAUGGGCAAGGCUUUCGAGCACUGUAUCAGCCUCAGACUGCACGAGGCCAUCUCCGCUGCAGGGGACCUCUCGGAAAUGCAGUUCGGCUUUAGGAAGGCGAGAUCGACAGUGGACGCUAUAGCAACUGUCAAGGAGAUCGCCUCGAAGGCAAUUGAAGGCACAAGAUGGCACGGAGGCAGCAAGGAGUGCUGCUACUGUAUAACACAGACUGAGGCAUACUUGAGCACAGGGUGACCUGCGGGCUCCCCCAAGGUUCGGUACUCGGGCCGCGGCUGACACUACCAGAGAGAACCAAAGUGAUUGGCUUCGCUGACGAUAUUGCCGUGGUAGUCGUAGCAAAAACUGUUAAAGAAGCCGAGAGCCUCGCGAACGCAGCAAUCGGCAUCAUAGUGGAGUGGCUCUUAGCGGUCGACCUGGACAUUGCACACCACAAAACGUAGGCAGUGCUUAUAUCUAGCCGCAAGCAGGUAGAAACAGCCACCAUCCAAGUCGGAGAUACCUAGGGGUCUUGUUAGACACUAGGCUAACGUUCAAGGAGCAUCUGGCGGAAGCGAACAGAAUGCGUCGAGCGUCGCUAGGGCUCCAGCGCAAAUAAUGCUCACCUGGGCCCAAGACAGGGACGCAGACUGCUCCUACAGUCCGUCUGCAGGGCAACAGCGCUGUACGCAGCCCCAAUAUGGGCGGAAGCUUCGGAGAAGAGGUCCUACAUAAGGGGCCUGGAAUCAACGCACAGGCUGUGUGCCCUAAGGGUGUGCUCCAGCUUUCGGACAAUCUCCGACGACGCAGCCCAAGUUAUAGCGGGAACUCUGCCCAUAGACUUGCUGGCCUUGGAGGCGAAGAAGAUACACCACGAGGUGAAGAAGAUUGUAGGACAGUGCAGCUCGGCCCAAAAGCGAGCCAUAAAAGCCAACGCCAGAACCAACAUCUUGGAAA